AUGGCGCCGCAAGAGCUCUUUCUGGGAGUACCGCUCGAAAGCAAAAACGCAAUCCUGGAGACCGGGUACACUGCCCGGCGUGGUGUAAUCCGCACAUCCAAGACCCCGCAGGAAGCAGUAAGAGCUUUUGAGAGAUGCCACUCCCGUGUUCCAGUGGCUUUGAGCUUGGAACCUCCAGCUGAUGUCAGCUUGAGUGAGACCGCUGAUGGCGUGUACAUCCACUGUGCCCAUCUUCCCGCAGAGGCCUUACAUGAUGCGACAGCAGCAGGGGACGUGGAGGAUUCAUCAGAGAUGCAGAUUGGUGAUGCCUUCUGGGCGGUGGAGCAAUCCCUGGCGGAAGAGAUUCUUCGUUCUGGGUUCCAGACUCGGCAUCGACGCAGCAUCCCAGUUGCGUUGUCGCCCCACGAGGCCGAAGGUAGCUUCAAGCAAAGGCGUGGUUUGGAGGCCCCCUGCGCAGUCCUCCGAGUCCAGGCCGACUUAGCCAGAGCUCGAGGCUUCCACAUCUUCUCCUACAGCAAGGGCCUGAGCAUGCACGGGCCCAGACAGCUGAACCCUUUUAAGAUUACAGCCAGUUUUCUGGAGAGGGCCCCUGCCCCUCGGGCUCCGCAGGCUGAGGAUGCAGAGGAGGUUCCACUCCAAGGGGAGUGUGAGGACGGCUUCGAGCCGGCGAGUGAUUCUGGGGAAGAAGAAGGUGGCCACGUGGGGGACGCGGAGUUCCCUCGCAUGAAGCAAGGGGCAACGAUGUGGGUCCACUUGUGCGCAGGACGUGGGUCGGAUCAGAGGAGGUGGGUUCAAGGCCGCAUCGUGCAAGGAGGAGAGAAGCGCCAGGAAGUGCGGGUCCAGGUCAAGAAAGGGAACCUGGGCAUCCCGGAAAACAUCUCGCUUGACGACGGGAGGGUUCUGGACUUUCAUCAUCCAGAUGUUUGCCAGUUCCCGGAGAUGCAGGUGGUGCAGGACGCAGAAGUGCAGGCCUUGCAUGGCGCUUUGCGAGGUGGAGCUUUCACCCGCGAGCUCAAGAACGUCUUCGGGAAGUUCCAGUCCCCAGAAACAUUCAAGGUGGGAUCCACUAUACUUCAGAAGUGUUUUGUCGUUCCCGAUGGGCAGCUGCCAGUGAACGGGCAAGCCGACUUCUUCAAGCGCCUCGAGGCAUCUUUGAAAGCUCCACUGCCCCCUGAAGCCCCUGCAGAAUGUGAUGAAGAAGUCAGGCGGCCUUCCGUGGCAACUCGGAAGAGGGAAGUCGUUCGCUGCUUCGCAGUCUUUGAGUGCCAAGCAGACCCCCCUUGUCCCGCUGGCGACUCCCAUCUCGUGGUCAAGAGCCUGGAUGGUGGCUCUGAUCCACGCCUCGGAGACUAUCAUAUGUGGGAUGCGUGCAAUGGCAAAGACGUGUUCAAGAAGUAUGGCGCAGACAUGUACCUGUACAUGGCACAUGGCAAGGACCUCAAGAUAGGCGCGUUGCUGUUCGAUAUCAAGGACUACACUCACUGCGACGCGCCUGUUCUCCAGGCACGAGGUGUGGAGCUCUACCUUUACCACGAGUGGGACUCGAACCCAUAUCCUCAUGGGCAAGGGCGCUGGAUUUUGGCGCCGGAAGUCAUGACGUGGCCUCUUGGGACUGCGCUGGAGAUGACCGAUGCUUUCGCCAUGUCAGAGAUCCAGCAACCAGCAAGCUGGCCUCCAUGGCCGGAGAACAUGUCACGACUUCGCUUCAACGAGCAGCGUAAACACGCCAUUGAAGAACUGCUCAGUGACGAUCGAAGCUCCCUUGACAGCUGGCCUUUCAUCCAAGUUCGUCAUGGUGACUACUUGUGGGCAUUCGGACCUAAGCCCGAUGGUCAGGAGCAUGUUGACACAGUCCGAGGAAACGGCAACGGCGACAUCCCACUCCGCGGCUGGCACGGGGUCUACAUUGAGUGGCCGGGAGCACGGCGCUUUGCAUCCUCGGUUGUGAUGGCCCGGCCUCAUGGAAGCAGCUUCCGAAGUUUACAGAACAUCUCCAAAGUCCCAAGCAAGGGCUGUCUGGGCAGGUCGAGCACAUGCCACAAGCAGUCGGAAGCAAUCUUCAUCGAGCUCUUUGACCCCUGCAAUCCAGAGCAUCUGCUUCUUGGGGAGCACAAGUAUCGAGAGUGCCCAGAGUGCUUCCGGCUUGGGGAUCGUUGCUCCAAGAUUGACGCGAUGGCAGAUGGCAAGGUGACGAAGCAAGCGCGCAGCUGCAGUGACUCAGGGAGCAGAGCUGAGGACUGGAUGCGAGGGCGUCAGUUCCGUCCAACAGAGGGAGGUUUGGAAACCACGGUUACAUUUGAGAGCAUCCAAGUGCAGGUCUUCUGCUAUCCUGACACACUUGCCUUCGAAAGGUCUGUGUGGGAGCUGGGGCAGGAAGCGGUCAACGGCCACAGCAACAACCGUUCGCUUUUCAACACAGCCAUGACUCUCUUGAACGACCGGAUCCUGAAAGGAGAGCCGCAGAGUUUAGCGCAUGUGUUGUUGCUCCUCAACAAUGUGACGUGUCCACCAAAGACUGGGCUUAUGCAGCAGAAGACCAAGGCUGGGGUACAUGCUGCUGCUUCGGCGGAGGUGUUUGAGAUGUUCAAAGAGGCGCUGGACUUCGACAAGGAGAGGCAAGGUCAACACUUGAGGCAGAAGAAUGCCAUUGCGGAGCUGCUCCAAGACCAGGCAGGAUUCUCUCCGGAGCCCAAGACAGGAUGCCCGGAGGGGUGGGUGAUGUUCCCCUUGAGGGAUGGCGCUUCUCACGAUGCCGAUCUGUGCUUCCAUGGCACCUCCAUGACAGCUCUGGCUCCCAUCCUGCUUCAGGGCCUGAAGAAGCCCCAAUCUACGGCAGAUGUCGCCCACGGUCAGGCGAGAUCGACAUCCAAAAGAACCAUCUACUUGAGCCCAUCCUGGUGGUACUCCGCGCAUCCCGUGUAUUCUCCACUCCAUGUGGUCCAGGACUCGCAUGGCCGCGGGACUCCACGAGCUUUCCAGCUGGUCUUAAAGUGUGGCGUUCGCAAGGGCAAGUACACGGUUCAAGAUGGCACCUUAGCAAGCAAACACUGGGACCCAGAGCUGAGGAUGGAUCCAGACCGGCCGACUAUGGACGGAAUGGAGUACCUGGUGGAGGAUGAGGGCGCCAUUUCCCUCAUCGAGGUCAUGUUCCGUGAGUUUGGGAGGGGCGCCGAUGCAACAGUGUAUGGAGAGUUGCCACCCAAGCUAGACGUGCGCGAUGAGAAGCUUGAGUACCAGUGGACGAAAAUGCUACAGAAGCACUUUCGUGCCUGCGGAUGGUUCUUGACACGCAGUCCCUGA